UUUUAAUUUAAUUUUAAAUAAUCGAGUUCUUUGUCCAGCGGAGUGCCAACAAAAACAAAUAUGGCGGAAGGUAAGUGUAUUUUGAAAUUUUUGUGUUAAAUUUUCAUUUCUUGUCAUUUCAAAUGCUCUUUUAUUAAAAACUAGAUACCUUUCGUCGUCUGCUUGUUGUUGUCUGUGAUCUUAGCCCGAUUUGGUGGGGAAAACAGGCUGCAAAUGCGUCAGAAAAUUCAGAUAAGGUACAAAUUUAUAGACUUCAGAGAGACAGCAGUCAGGAGCAGCAGUACAGUGCAUAUAAAAUAAUUUGAUAUUAUAAUUAACAGGCAAUUUUUCAAGCUUUUUGGUGUGGGUACACUCAGAGUAACCGUAAAAAAACCUAUAAAAAGUGUGAGCAAUAUGAAAUGCUUUAUAGCAAUAUGAAAUGCUGACAGCCAAUCACAGCCUGACAUAGUUUAUAGCAUGAAAUGUUUAUAGCAAUAUGAAUAUUUUAUAUAGCAAAGUUUAUAUUUAUAACAAUAUUUAAUAGCGAUGUGAGAAUAGCAAUGUGUCUAUCUGCGGCUGUUCCUGGGAUGCAAAUUAUGCUAGGAAAGUUUGCUGAUAUUUGCUGAUGUUUUUUAGAUGCAACCAAUCAAUGCAUUUCUCAACAAUGUGUUGGUAUUCUGCAAUGCUCACCUCAUGAUGAAACAUACUAAUGAACUUGCAAUAGUUUGUGCAACCUCGUCUAAAAGGUAAUUUGAGAUAUCUUUCUCAGAUAGUUCAGACACAAACCAUGAUGUCCAGCUUAUUGUACAAUACUACCUACACUGAACCAAGACACAAACCACGACAGCUUAUUGACUUGAUAAUGUUAACAGAUGAAAUAUUUUUAAUUAUUACUUAAUUAUAAAGUGGCAACAUCAUAUAUUAAGAAGAUAAUAAUUUUUUAAUUUCCAGUCAGUUUAUCUAUCCAUGUCCAGAGGAUGUGAGCGAUGCAAACGGAGAAGAAAGCUACGGAAACAUGGAUGGAAAAUAUGAACAUUUUGCUACAAUGAACAAUGUUGUUGUUGAUAAGGUCAAAAAUAUAAUUGAGGAAGAAAGUGCUGAUGGUAUGGAGUAACUUUCAGUUAAAUAUAAAGUGCAUUGAGAAAAGUAUAAGCAUAGUUAACCCAUUGAGACCGUAGUUAACCCAUUGAGACCAUAGUUAACCCAUUGAGACCAUAGUUAACCCAUUGAGACCAUAGUUAACCCAUUGAGUGGUAGCACCCUCCCCUGACAAGUAAAAUCUUCUGGCAUUAGACAGAGUAAAAUAAUAAAGUAGGGUGCAUCUGGGCACAUUGCCAAUUAAAGGGUUAACAGGGUGCAUGGCCAGAUAGUCUGAUUAACCCAUUGAGUGGCAGCACUUUCCUCCUGAUGAGUAAAAUUAUUUGGCAUUAGACAGAGUAAAAUAAUAAAAUAGCAUGCAUCUGGGCACAUUGCCACUUAAUCCAAUUAACUUCCAUUGUGCCCUAAGGUGCUCUACUUUAUUAUUUUAUAGCAGAUUAUUUUACUCUGUCUAAUGCUAGAUGAUUUUACUCAUCAAGAGGACGAUACUCAAUGGGUUAAUGAUUUUAAAAUUAUUAUUUUAGAUGUAAAUUUACCAGAGAAUUCUGCCACACUGUUAGCUGGAGCUCUGUCUAUGACACUAUGCUGUAUCCUUGUCAUCUAAUUUCUUAGUUAUAAAGGAACCAAGUCUUGAGACUGCUUUAACUUUGCUGUAAUAAGCUUCAGCAUACUAGUUAUUAGUCUGCGAUUCCGAGCGCAGGAAAUGACGUCUGGGUUUGCAGAGUAACUAGUUAUAGCAUGAUUGUAUUUUAUGUGCAAGUUUGAUUGAAGGAUCUUACUUCCUGAAAAAUAUGAAAACAACUUCAACAACAUUUAUUAAUUAUUUUGAGCGAAGUCCCAACACUUGUGUGUGCUAGUGUAAUUUUAAUUAACUGUGAAUCAGACAUCAGACAAGCUGAACGAAACUGCCCAGGUACGUACCGCUGAAUUAUUAUGUAAGUUAUACCAAGAAUCUCCAUUCUCUUUCUAAAAAAUUACAGGCAACAAGAUUUUUGUAUUUCAUAUUAUUUAAUCUUUUCUAUAUUAAUUUGAUUUAGUUGGACAAAGUAUGAAAGCGCGGAUACUAGUAAGAUAAAUGUUUUGAAAUAUUUCUUACAUAUGCAAUUAUUACAAUAUCCUGUUGAGUGUCAGCAUGCACUCACCCUUGAUGAAUAAAAUCAUCUGGCAUUAGAGUAGGGCUAUCUAUUAUUUCUAUGAGUAGGGUGCAUUGCUACAGGAUAUGCAAUUUUCUGAUACUACAGUCAGUACAAAGUACAAACAGUUCAUGUGGCAUGCCCCCCCCACCCUCCCGCUUCCUGUGCCCCUGAUACACACUGAGACACUAGCUGGAACUUUAGCAGAAGUAUUGAAACAAAACAGAUAGAAGCUGACAGAUAUGACUUUCAUGAGACAAAAUAUCUCCAACACUGAUGUCUGGCAUUACCUAAUCUAAAAUCUAGAUCUAAUGUAUGAUAUUUUAGUUCAACAAUGUUACAACAACAGCAAGCAACAUUGAAAUGGGGGAAGGGUUGUCUCAAAUAUUUUUGGGAGGAUUGUAGUUUAAUAUCUUCUUACGGCCAAUCACUUUCACCACUCCAAGGUACUCAAAGGAUCGCAAGAUGUGUCCACGCAAUAUAUGGCGACCAUGAACUGCAUUUUUGCUGCCCAGAAAAAUGUAAGAAAUUCAACAAAAUGUACUCGUACUUGAACAUACGUUUUUACUUGUCUAAAUUUAUGAUACGUGGAAACAAUUCUCUUUUCUUCUUAAACAGAAUGUUACAAUUGAUUCGUGUCUUUUAAUGUCAGAUUCAGGAUUUCUACAACAGGUGAGUGUUAACAUCUUUGAAACGACCUGAUCACAUACUCCUUUCCUGGUUAAUCUGAAACACUCCAAUGAAUAAUAUUUGAUGUGUAUUGUAUAUAUACAUUUACUAGACCUGACCAGGAUACAGAAGCGAAAAAUGCAACUUUUGGUUCCUGACAGGAAUCGAACCUGCAGCCCUAGAGGGACGUAAAGUUGCAUUUUUCGCUUCUGUUGCUGGUUAGGUGGACAAUAUCCAUCAAAUCUAAAAUUAACCCUGUUUUGGGUAACUCAAUGUUCCUGUUAACCCUGGCUAGGUAACUCAAUGUUCCUGUUAACCCAAGCUUAGUCCUAGCUUGUUUAACCAGAAUUCCUGGGUAAUUUAACCAGGCUACAUGGACUAUUAAACGAUGAAAUUUAGAUAAAACUGGAAAUUUUUAACCUGGAUGUUUUUAGAGUGCAAUUUCGUAAAAUUCACAUAUGUUAAUUUUCUCGUAGGCGUCAGAUAUCACUGGCGGAGUGUACUUCAAAAUAACGAAAAUGGAGUCUCUAUUACAGUAUUUAUUAGUACGUUAAGAUUUAUACUACACAACUUUGACUUAAAACUGUCGCAUACAACCUGCUUAAAACUUGAGUUGUACUGUGUAAAUCAAGCAAAUAACCGAUUGUAAUGUCGUAUGUGAAAUCUGUUUUAAUCGUAGUGGAUGUUCCUGCCAGACCCGAAUACAAGAGAGAGUUUAGUGAUGCCUGGAGCUGUUCAAAUUGACUAUAGAGCUGCGUGUUUUUGUCAUCGAACUUUGGUUGAUAUUGGUUUUGUAUGUUCCGUUUGUCUUUCAAGUAAGUGUGACGCUUUUUAUUCAAUGCCUGGUUUCAGACAAGGACACGAUGCGGGAUAGAUGGUGAUCAACACCAAUUAGAAUAGGUUGAGACUAUAUAGUCUGAGAUAUAUAUUAUUGUGUGUGAUGCCCAGUAGUUUCAAAAUGUUGCACCUGGACGAAAAUUACUUUGUGUAAAUCCAGUCAACCAAUGAAAAUAAAGUGCAUUGUUAUUAUCAAGCCGCAGUUAUCAGAGCGAGAAAAUAAUGUUCAUUUUUUUUAUUAUAUGUGCUGGUCAAGACCACCCGUCACCACCACAUCACCUGUCACCACCACAUAUAAUAAAAAGAAUGAACAUUAUUUUCGGCUGAAAAAUAUCGAUCUCAAAAUUAUUUCGUUGCUUCAUUCCAAAUACAUUAAAUUGAGAGAUAAUGGUAAUCUCGUUGCUCCAAUGACUCAGAGACAUACAUAUCUUAUAUACACUAGAUAGUGCAUCUAAUUAUUCUGCAAUUCAAAAACGUGACUACAGACUCAGGAUAUUCCCAUGAAAUGAGAAGACUCGUAUGUUUUCUAUUUCUUAAACAGGGAACUUAAACAUUAAGUUAAACCUAUUCCAAAUACAUUUUCAAACUAUUCAAAUGAUGAAAGUUAUUGUUGUUUUUUAAGCGUUUAUUAGCGAGUGGGAAAACUCCAACAUGGCCGCCAUCUAUUCAAAUGGGGGUAACCACUGGAAUAUUCUUGCCUUCAAUUUUACUAAAAGAGAUGCGCUAUCUAAUUUAUUUAAGAUAUCUGUGCUCAGAGAUCGAUAUUUUUCAGCCGAGAAUUGUUUCCAAACGUGCACAUGCUCAGUAAACUGUUCGCACUAGUUAUCAAUCUCGUACAUAACCUGCGAACGGGCAUACUUUGGCUACGAGAUUGACUAGUUAUUUGCAGUUGACGUAUUCUUUGCACCAGUUGUUUGCAUCAAAAUUAGGCAAUCAAAAUUGAGACAAAUAAUUAUGUAAAUAAUGGCGUUUUUUAUUACAGGUAGUUCACAGGUAGUUCACAGCUCACUGCAUCUCAAGCUGCUUUUAUUUUAGAGUUGGAGUUAGAGUUAGAAAAAUCGGUCACGAGAUGAAAAAAGUGUAUUGGGGGGGGAGGGCGUUUGAGAGGCAGACGCGGGGUAAGUCUAGUAGUUAUUCACUUGUGUUCUACUUUUUUAUAUUUUAGUUUACUGUCAGCUGUUACCGCGGUGUCACACAUGCCAGUACGUAUAAUAUUGUAAUAUUGUAACCACCUGUACAGGCUGAUGAUCAGAAGGAUCUUCCGUCAUGUAAACUAUCCCCACUAAAAUCAUGUCUGAUACUUUCUUGGUACCGCUACAGAGACCUCUUUCAUAGCAAUCAACAGUAAACUUUAUUGAGUGCGACUGAGUGAAUUUUUGGCACAAAAAACAAAGGAAAACUAAUUUACAAUAAACCUAAUGACAUCAUAAUCGGAAACUUUGACAGUGAAAAAGUUGAUCAAGAUGGGAUUUUUUAUUAUAAAGAUAAGUUACGUUUCUUCUUCGAAAGACCCAAAUAUUACACAUACAAAAAAUUAUAUUUGUGGUUAGUCGCAGUUUAAGGAAAUUCACUAGAUUUGUAUUUAUUAUAGUACUGUUUUGCAGUAUUGCUAUGCAGUAUAAACGUUGACACGUUUACCUUUGUUCACUACUGUUCCUAAAUUAGUUGCGCGUUUCUUCCUGAUACGUUCGCUGUUGCAAACCCUAUCUUAAAGUGAACACAUCAGUAAAAUCACGAAGGUGUCCGCUUAAUAGGGGUUCGACUGUAGUUCGUCCAAUGAUGUAAGACGAAUGAUGUAUUUAAUAUACACCUAGACGUAUCCCUCCCUACACACGCAAAUUUGUUUGUGUGGACGAACUUCGCAGAGAGUUCAUCUUCACAGAUGAACGUUUGUUGGCCGCGCUUAUACAGACAAACUAUCAAACGAAGUAGUGUUUCUUUGUCCAGGCGAAUCGUCUCGAGUAGCCAGUUAACAAAAGUUCUCUCUUGUUGCUAGAACGAGAUUCAAGCUUCCCUCGGCCGCCAUGACUCGACCCAAAAAGAAAAAGAAGGAGAAAACCGCAGAUUGAAGAAGAAUGGAAAAAUGUAAAUAUUCUUGUAAAGAUGUAAAAUGAUGUCCAAUCCAGGACGAGAGUGGACAGUCACGCAUUGGUACGUGGGCCUUCGCUCGAAUCGUCGAAGUUCUCCUAAUUAUAUUUUUCAGGUAUGGUUGUUUUAAUAGAAACAAUAAAGUAAAAAUGCCAUAAAAGUUGAAGGUAAAAAACUAUAAUUAGCUUUUUCAUUAUUGCCACUACCUGCACUGACACAUCCAAUGAUAUAACAAAAUAAAGG